AUGCUGGCUCUCCGCCCACGACGGGCCCUCUCCCCCCUCUUCCUCCCCGUCCCCUGCCUUGGUCUCCGCGCGCUCCUCCCCUGCCUGCGCUAUUGUUCCCUCCUCGCCCUCCGUGGGUUGCGCCCGCUCGUCCCGCCGGCAUCCACGGCGCUCGCCCCACGGUCGAUCGUCCGCCGUUCGGCGGUCCCCAGGCGAUUCUGCCUCCUCUCGCGCGGCUUCGAGUCGCCCUGCCUUCCGUUUCUGGCUGGGCGUCGUUCCCGGCUGCUGUUACUUCAGCCUGUGGUUAUGGUCGAGUCGCCAUCUGUUCGGUUUGCGGUUCGCCUCCGCCUCCACCCCUUGCGGUCUCCCUGCCGCUCGUACCCCCUGAUGGCUGACGGUGCUCUUGGGCUUGUGGCGUCUGCUCUUGCAGAUGCCAUCCCCGGAGAGGCCCCGGGGGACCAGGUGCCAGGCCUGCUCCGAGCCUUCGCGGUGCUGGCUGGACGCGGAUCCUCUUCCCAGUCUUCUCGCGGCCGGCGUGGUGGGCUUGCUCGGCGUGGUCGCCGUGGUGGCUCGCACCAGCCGGUGUAUCACUCCCCUCCUGGGCGCACUCAUGCGUUUCUGCGACCGCGUCAGCAGCAGUCGGCCCUCCCCGCCGCCGCCCCUUCUUCUUCCGCAGGCUCAGUUGCCGCCGUCGCAACCUUCGUCGUCGCCACUCCAGCCACAGUCCCCGUCUGUUCUUCAGGCGGCUCCUUUGCCUUCUUCUUCCCCGUUGCCGUCAGCUCCCUCUGCCCCUGCGGUUGUUCUGCCAGCUUCUUCAGCACCGCCUGCUCUACCCCCGAGCGCGCUCCCACAGUUGUUUCUUGGGGGGCGUGA